CAGCGCGUUUCAUGCGGUUCAGGACAUCCAGCUAUGCUUGGCUCUUUCGGUUGAGCGGCUUUAUUGGUGAACAGUGUGUGUCAGCGAGCCCGUUGCGCUGCCUCAUCAGACCGACAUUUUACGGCGGUGUUCAUUUACUCCUCGCCCUCAAACUCACGAUGCAGUCUGGUCGAAAUGCGACCCAUAGCAACUCCGGCGCGAAUGUCUUGGACACAGCUGAGAAAACGGGACAAGGGCUCCACAGCAGCAACGUUUCCAGCCACACCCUCUCCUCGGAAGGCGUCUGUCCGUCGGCAGGGAGGAAGCGAGUAGUGACCUCGCUUUUGGUCAGUGAGAGAUACCUGAGGACCCCGAGUCCUCAGGUAGAUGACGACUCCGAAGCGGAGUCUUUUCGGGAUGGGAGAAGCGAAGAGGUCGACCGAGAUACAAAAAGCAGAGCGUUUUUGUGGUGCAGGGACUUUCUGUCUGGAUCAUGGAAAACUGUUCAAGAAGCGGAUUUUCAAAUUAGUAUCGUCAGUGGUGGACUGAGUAAUCUACUGUACCUGUGUAUCUUGCCUGACCAUGUCCCAUGUUUGGGGGAAGAACCCCGGCAGGUGCUGCUGAGAGUCUACGGUGCCAUCUUGCAGGGUGUGGAUUCUCUGGUACUGGAAAGUGUGAUGUUUGCUAUUUUGGCAGAGCGAACUUUGGGGCCAAAGCUUUAUGGUAUCUUUCCAGAGGGACGUUUGGAGCAAUACUUACCAAACACCCGCAUGCUCACAGAACAACUCUCCGACCCGGUUAUUUCGUCUGAGAUUGCCACCAAACUGGCACGGUUUCAUGGCAUGGUUAUGCCCUUUAACAAAGAGCCCAAGUGGCUGUUCGGGACCAUUGACAAAUACAUGGAUGAAGUAAUGAAGAUUCAUUUUGUGCGGGAAACGCAUGUGAAAAAGUACAAUAAACUGAUGCAGUUUGAUCUGCCUGCUGAGCUCAAGAGUCUCCGGUCUUUGCUGGCAGCGACUCCAUCACCAGUGGUGUUUUGUCAUAAUGAUGUCCAAGAAGGAAACAUCCUUAUCCUGGAGGACAGGGACCACACAUCGACAGAAAAACUGAUGCUUAUUGACUUUGAAUACAGCAGUUACAAUUACAGGGGUUUUGACUUUGGGAACCAUUUCUGCGAGUGGACGUAUGAUUACACGUGGAAUGAGUGGCCGUUUUACAAAGUUACACCUGAGAACUAUCCGACCAGAGAGCAGCAGCUUCACUUCAUCAGAAGUUAUUUGGCUGAGCAAAAUCGACACACCAAGAGUCACCUGGAUCAGACAAAAAUUGAAGAGGAUAUGAUAAUUGAAGCAAACAGGUAUGCAUUAGCAUCGCAUUUCCUCUGGGGACUGUGGUCCAUCAUUCAGGCCAAGUUAUCCAAGAUUGAGUUUGGAUAUAUGGAUUAUGCUCAGAGCCGUUUUGACGCCUACUUCAAGCAGAAAAAGCUCUUCUCCUAAAUUCCUCCUUCUGAAAAUCAGAAUGUACUGUCCUUUUCCGUGUUUACCACGUCUCCAGCUCCGCUAAUGCCUAUGCAAGGAUUUUAUAUACUAUCUUUUAUUUGUUUGAUUGUAAUUUGUGAGUGUAAAAAGAAGAACGUAAAAAGACCUUUUGAGAAAAUGCACAUAUUCAACUUGUUUAACACUUUUAUAUGAAGAGUUAUGAGUUGAUGGCCACUCAGUAUAUUUUUGGCUAUUUAACUCUAAGUUGACCAGUUUUGGAGCACUUUGUGACAUUCAUGCAUGUUUAAUCUUUUGUCUUGCCAGAGAAUUAUUGUCUUCACAUUUGACUGUAAAUUUCAUCAUUUUGGUAAAUGAGCCCAAACUACAGAGUUGUGUUUUUUUUUUUUUUUUAGAAUAGAACGCUUGUUUGUAACCCAUUAACGUUGUUUUUUGUUUUUUUUGGAAUUCUACUUCAGUUGUUUUGAAGCUCACUCCACAUUAAGAUAUAUAUACUUCUAAUAGUGAAUGUGAUUUAAUUCCGUCCCUUUGUAUGAAAACUGAUUUCCUUGAGACUUACAUGCUGCAUAUCCUUUUUGAAAAUAAAUAAAUAAAAUUUUCUCCAGAUAUUCUUCAGAACUGCAUAAAAUUGAAAUCAUACUCAUAUUACGCACACGGUAUCACAGUAGUCAAUGAUACUGUUCAUGUAACCAUGAAAGUAAUCGUAAGGUUUGUUUUUUUUACUCGUUUUUUUGCCCCAACACUUUUACCAGUUACUAAUUGAUUGCUUCUGCUUCACCAGUUUACCCUUUCUGUCUGCUCAUGUACAAUAUUCAUGCUCAUUCUUAUGUUCAUGACUGUAAUGAUUAGUUAAUUGUAGAAGCACUGAAAUUUUAAGGUUGUAUAUUAUUUGAUUGUAAAAGAUGGUUUUUACCUUGUCUAGAGAUUUUCUUUAUAUUGUCUCUACAAAGAUGUUAUUUAUUUAAACUAACAAGAUGCUUGAAUACAUUUAAUGUGUUGUAAUUUUUGUAAAAAAGGGUAUCCAUUUUUAAUCGAAAACCUUUUUCUGUUGCAAUAUCAUUCUAUAACUACUUGCAAAUGUUUGUAUGUUUUUUUUUCCCACGAACAAGAAAAAUCCUAAAUUUAUUAAACUUGUCCUCAGAAUCCAAA